CCACCCUCCACCAGCGUGUACCAGGGGGCAGCCUGGUCGCCGUUUGGGCCAACCUAAACCUUCAAACAACCAUCACCCACUCACGUUGCACGCCAGCCCGUCAAUGCUCCCGAGCCCUGACAGCCCAUUUCCCCCGACCUUUCUGCGCUGAGCACUGCAUGGUUUCCUGACGUUCCCUGGCCUCCACUCGAUCCAGAGUUGCGUCAACACGCACGCCCACAGCCACUGCCCGGCGGCGCCCAUCCGUUUCACCCGCCCAGGAGCCCGGCAGAGAGUGGACGAGCCCGAGCUCAUUUGCCCCAGAAGGGAUGUUCAGGCCAAAAUGGACGGAGGCAAUCGAGAAGAGGAGGGUCCUCGCCAUAUGCAAGGCCCUGGCCUGGCGGUAGCUUCUUCUUCCCAGUCGCCCUACCCGCCCUAUGCCCACGACAACGGCGACCUCGCAGCCCACCUCGCUCCCUCCCGCCAGCACCACGACCACUUCGACCACCUCGACCACUGCGACCCCCACGACGAUCAUCACAGCCCGACCGCCGACUCCCAUCACGCCCUGCUGCACGAGUCUCCCACCUCCAUCUCCGCCACGACUUAUGCCGCCCGCAACUUCCACGCUGUAGCUGCAAAUGCUGCUUUCCCCGCCCAGGGAGGAGCGUUUGGCAGCCCAGACGAUUUCUACCGCAGUUAUCGAGGCGUCGACAUCGCCAACGACUCACUGUCCCAUGACCCAAUGGCCUCGGCCGUGCCCAACGCCCGCCCGCCCCCAGCAUCACGGUCAAACAGCAAUGCCGCCUCCUCCAAGCCCCCGCCUGCACCAGGCACCCGCGUCGGCACCAGGCCCAUGUAUCGCUCAGCGUCCAACCCUGUCGACGACAGGUUCGCCGCCGCCGACGCGCCCAGGAUGCGGUCGGCCACCGGCACCGGCAGCACCCUCCCGGCCUCUACUGCCAGGGCAAGCGUAAAAGACAUGAAGAAGAAGUUCGAGCAGAAGGGGCCACAGCCCUCGCCUGACCCACGGCGAGCCGCAUCGCGGACUAACACCAAUGCCAAGGAUGGCGCUGUAAAUGGGGCAAAUGGGCGUGCCGCGGUUGGAACUGCACAGUCAUAUUCAUCAUUACGUACGUCCGGGGCGAACCCAUCCAGGUCCAGCUCGUCUCGCGGCACACAGAGGACGAAAUUCCUCGCCGAGGACCAAGUCUCGACGAAUUCCCAAUCCUUUGCGAGCCGCAUCAAUAGACCAAAGGGCGCCGCCGCGUCCACUGCGCAUGGUUCGAGGUCCAUGACUCACUCACCACCCACGACGUCGCCGGUUCAACAACCGAACCCUUUCCCCGCUGACUCGGAGGGGCCUCUCCUGUUUGGUGAGAUACGACAGGGCGACCUCGACGCGGAAACGCCUGGAUACGGCAUAGGGAGCCUCCCAGACUCGACGGCGGAUGCCCCCAUGUGGCAACACCAGCGUACUCAAUCAGAUGCUGUGGCAGAGCCUGCAUCACCGACCGACUGGUACCGUGGGGCCACCUCUCCCCAGAAGAACGGUCUGCCCGACCUGGACAGCCCUGGAAAGUCCCAUGGCAGGUCGCAAAGUGACCUGGCGGGGGCCAAACUACCCCCAAUCAACACUAAUCCACAGUCUCGAAGACAUCUAGAUCAGUCACCAUCACCCCACGCAUCGGGCUCCUCUCGCCUGCCUGUCUCGGUCAAAAAGCUGAACUCGAACUCAAACUCUGCAAGUCCUGCUUCCACGCGGUCUAACUCGCCGGCCGGUUCAAGGCGACUGCAACCUAGUGGUAGGACAUCACGGCAACAAGGCACGCCAACAUCGCGCGCCAAGACCCCAGUUACCCGGUCAAAGACACCGACCGCCAGCACGCCCUCCGCCCGAAAGACAGCAACGCCCACGCCAGGCUCGAACAAUGCACGGCUGGCGGCCAACCUAUCACCGGCGCCGAAAAAUUCUCCUCCCCUCCGAAGUUCCAGGCCCCGUCAGCCAGUGUCUGAGGCUACAACGGCAGCCUCUAGGCUGAAAGCCGUUGGCCGGUCCAAGUCUCCUCACAAGAAUGCGGUACGGCCAACGGCCAGGCCCGAAUCGAGGCAAGAAACACCAUCAAGUCGAAGGAGAAAGCUGUCUUUGGGCGGCCCAGUCGACUUUGCCGAGCGACGAGAGACAAUCAAGCUCAAGUACAGCAAGUCAAUCCGUGAGACCGAGGCCAAGCAGGCACGAGAAGCCGCCGCGGAGAGGAGGAGGAAGGAGCUGGAAGCUGCUGCGAAGGCCAAAGCGCGCGCGCAAGCUAGAGCUCAGGCACAAGCUGCCGCGGCCGAGGCUGCAGCUGCCUCUGCCCAAGCCAAGGAGAAGGAGCGGGUGAAGCCCACCGAACCUCUAGAGCGCGAAGACCCACAGGCCGCACCACGAACUGCACCAACGAGCGAACCGUCCUUAACGGUCGAUGUCAAGACACCACCGAGUCCUGCCCGUGCGAACCCACCUGCCUUGGUGCUCGAUUCGCCGACUCUAGGGCUCCCAGGCACUUUUCCGAGCUUUGGCUCACCGCCCCUGGACCACGACGAGGCGCCUCCAUCCGCUGUGUCGGAAACAAGUGCAAUUACUGAGUUUGAUAAUGAAGCGCAGACAGAACCACCCGUGCCCGAACAAUCAGUGCAUGUGCCCGGCCCGCAGGGUUGGUCAUGUGUCAGCAGUACUGAGGUUGGGGAGCAGCCUCCCCCGCAGCUAACGCCAGCCUACAAGAGAGCAACGUACCGUGACCCGUUUGAGGACAUUGUGGAUCAUGAGACUGUCUCCAUCAAAAUAUCACUGGAUCCUUCGUCGCCUCGCACCUCGAUACAGGAACCGGCACCUCUGAACGGGUUCGAAGCUGAACCUCCUAUACCUGGCGCAUUUGGAGAUGACUUCGAAAAUGAACCAGAGCCCGGCCCUCAGCAAUAUCUCGAUGACAGAGCAGAAGCAGAUCCUGAGCCCGAGCCCCAAGCCCAGCCGCAGCCUGAGCCUGCAGGCGAGCACUUGACUGAGCCAAGCACUGAGCAGCGUGCGCCGGCUGGUCGAGGGGAGGACGAAUACGAACCUCAGCCGUACGUUGCACAACCGUACCAGACGACAACUGUGACUAUCAUCAGUCGCGAUGCUGGUUUCGGGCCUCCAACCUACGCUGAGCAAGCCGCACGGAACAUGGCCACCCCGCAGGAGCCACGGAUGGACUCUCUUGAGGAGUUCUAUACCGGGCCACGGCUGAACGAUAACAUAUCCAGUCUCAGGGAUUCCACCUUCACAGCUUCCGAUGCGGGCACUUCGGAGGGACCCUCGGGGUCUGCUGAUGCACAUAAUACUCCUGAUACGUCCAACAGCCUCAACGUUCCUUCCAUGACGACGCCAGCCAAUAGGUCCAGCCAACAGUCGAUAUGGACCGAUAUCUCAUACAGUAGUCGAGACUCCAUGACCCGGCGUCUUGAGUACCUUGACGAACAGAGACACAGCGGCGCUGAUGAAUCACGUCCUCAGUCAGUGAGGGAUGAUGAUGCGAUAUACCAUCAUCGAUACUUCGCGGGCGGCUUCCAUCACGACAGAGAUGACGACACGUCAUCGGACCGACACCGUCACCCACAGCUACCCCAUCUUGACACGGGAUCAGGAGCAUCAGCAAACUAUGACACUGAGAAUGAGCAUGCAUCGUACGUUCCAAGAUUGCCGGAUCACUCUCCACCCCCGCCCCCGGAGGACGCUUCACGGCCCACAAGCGGAUAUUAUGACGGACACAGCGACGCUCACAGACCUGACAGUGCUUUGACAAGGGAUGACCACGGGUCCAUCACCUUCCCACUGUCUCGAAGGGACAGUGAGGAGUUCCACAAUCAAUCCUCGACUUCACAGUCGCCGGACGGACGGUCGUUAGCCACAGAUGGCAUGACACCUGCUCAAACUCCUAUAGAUGGCGACGGUAAAGCAUCUGUGAAUGCAGACGACAAAAAUGAAUCUUCAGGCAAGGGAAAGAACCGCCUACAUCAGCGAUCCAUGGUCAUCAAAGAGCUCGUGGACACCGAGGCGGUGUUUGUGAGGGAUAUGAACGUCAUCGAGGAGAUCUACAAGGGCACGGCAGAGGCGUGUCCGCAGCUCGACGACAAGACGAUCAAGCUGAUCUUCCGUAACACGGAUGAGAUUAUAAACUUCCAUACGACAUUUUUGAGCGAGCUCAAGGACGGCGUCACCAGCGUGUAUGUGCCGAAAGGUCGACGGUCUCCUGUCAUGAAGGACGACACAACUAUGUCAGAUGCCACUACCAUACGAUCGGUCGCUUCGACGGCCCCGUCUGCUGUGCCCUCAACUGCAGCCUCGUCGACGACGGCGGUUUCUCUCUCUGGCGCCACCGCUGUAAAUGGGGACACCGAAGACGCCAAGGACCGACAAACUAUCAUUGGACCGGCCUUCAUCCGCAAUAUAGAGCAGAUGAAAGCAGCACACGAGGGGUUUCUCCGGACCAGCGAUGUUGCGAACAAGCGUCUGAUCGAUAUCCAACAGGAUCCCACCGUCAAGGUUUGGUUGAACGAGUGCAAUGAAGUCGCAAAGGACUUGACAGCGGCUUGGAACUUGGAUUCUCUCUUGAUCAAGCCGAUGCAGAGAAUCACUAAAUAUCCGAACCUGAUAUCCCAAUUGCUCCACUAUACUCCUGAGGACCAUCCCGAUCGAGAGGGGCUCCUGAACGCGAGGGCAACCGUUGAGAACGCGAUCUUGGAAAUCAACAAGACGAAAAAGAACUUCGAGCUUGUUGGACAAAUUGUGGGGAGGAAGCGCAAAGAGUCUGAUGUGAAAGCCGGGUUUGCCAGGGCCUUUGGCAAGAGAGUCGACAAGCUGCAGACCUCGAGCAACAGGCCACCCGAAGAUCCCGACUACCUCAAGUACAACGAAAAGUUUAGCGACGACUACCUGCGCCUCCAGGUUGUCCUGCGAGACGUCGAGUUCUACACGAGGCAGGUCUCCACCUACGUUCAAACAUUUUUGGACUAUUUGUCGGCCAUUGAGCUCGUGACUCGCCUGCAGCCAGGUCCGUAUCCAGAACUCGAGAGCAAGUGGGUCCAGUUCAAUGUCUCUAUGAGAGACAUUAAGAAGGUGGCCCUGGAUCAGCAUCUGGUACAAAUUCGGAAACACGUCAUUGAGCCGUUUGAGCUUGUCAUUAGAAGCUACCAGAACCCUCUCUUGGCGAUGAAGAAGCGGAACAAGAGGAGGCUCGACUACGAGAAAUCUGUCCAGCUCAAGAAAAGCGGCAAGAAGCUGGAUAAGCAGCUCACGGAACUAGUGGAGCAUUACGAGGCUUUGAACGACACCUUGAAGAAAGAACUACCCCAAUUGUCUGCGCUCACGGAGAAGGUCGGCAACAUCUGUCUCGAAAACAUGAUCAACAUCCAGGCGAAGUGGUGGCAGAUAUGGGAGGGAAAGAUCCGCGCUGUAGCCUCCAUUUUUGACCAGCCGGAGAUCAGCGAGAUAGUGAGCACCUUCAACCGCGACUUCAGAGACAUGGAGGAGCAGAUCAUGGGUCUGGGUAUCCUCAACCCGACCGUGAAGACCAGGACGUCACAGUCAACAAAUGACGACCACCCAGUGCCCAAGAUCAAGUCAAGGCCCUCUGACCUCGGGGGAGCGCCUCGUGGUCGCGGCAUGUCAGUCACGAGUGACCAGGCGCCGACUUUACCAGCACCGGAUUUCGUCAGGCAACAACACAGUGGGAACCUGGCAAGGUCGCCCUCGGCUGCCGCGGCCAGCUCCAGUUACUUCUACCGCGAUUACUACCAUGGUCUCAACUCGCGCGGCCCGGCCUCACCCACAUCAUCUGAUUUCUCGAACCCCCCGCGCUCCUUCCCGGCCAUGACGCCACGUCCGAGCACUGGACGCAGCUUUGACUCUGCGGGAGUUCCAAGACCAAGCAUCGAUUCAGCAGCGGCUCCUGUGCAUGUGCGGCGCGACUCAAGCUCGACAGGCAAUGCGCCAACGUCUGCCUCUGAUGGACGUCGGGGAUCGGGAAUAUUCCACUCGGCCAUGCCAUUGGCGGAGAGCACAGAAGAACUGCAGCGCAACUCAUCACGGGCAUCCUCCCGCGAGCGCUACAUCUCGAAGGGCUACAAUGUUCUAUGGCUUGCCGCAUCGCUUUUUGAAUUCAAUAUCGAGACUACAAAGCACGAGGCUGGUUACCCCUAUCUGACAUACCAAGCCGGCGAAAUCUUCGAUGUCAUUGCCGAGAAGGGCGAGCUGUGGCUAGCCAAGAACCAGGACGACCCCAGUGACCUCGUGGGCUGGAUCUGGUCCAAGCAUUUUGCAAAAUUAGCAGACUCUUGAACUACAGCACUUGAUCCACGGCCGCACUUUGCGGCCGGUGAGACAGGGCUUGGAGAACAUUGGUGGUACGAUAUUCGGCGCGGCGUUCUAAACGGACGGAAUUUUCGACUUCUCGACUUGUCACCCUCUUCGUCAGAAGUGGCUCCGCUUGAUUUUAUUGGGCUUCUUCUCAUGUGUAAUAUGCAUCACGACUGAUACAAAAGGGACGGAAAGAAAGAGGGCGGGCAUCAUGCGAUAUAUCCGAAAGGGUUAAUGUUACGACAAAAAGCGGCCUGCAAAAAGAUACCAUAGGAUGGGUGGGACCAGGGGAGGGCGGGCGUUUUCAAGCUUUUCAAUUUCUUCUGCAUGAGGCUGGCUUCACGGCGGGACAACUUGAUGGGAACUAAUGCUGCAAGGCCCACGGGGGUACGACACCCCCUUUUGCACUUCAUGUCCCCAUUUCCUUUGUGUUGGAAUUGUUUCUCCAUCUGCGUGUCCUAGCAGGCGUCGGACACGACCACAGGCAGGAGAGACGGAACUGCAAGAGCGGGUCGGGAUAACGGGAGGGAACAACAAUACUACCUACCUACCUUUGCUACCUUGACCACCUUUCCACCUAGCAUUUUGACUUUUCUACUUCCUCAUGCAGACCUAGCUAUCCAUCUGUAUUAGCAUUUUCUUCCCUUUCCUUCUUCAAUUUCUCUCCCACUGCCUGGCUAUCUCUGGCUUCAGCGCCCAGCAGACAGAGUGGGGGUUGUUUGUAGAGUGCCUCUGGUGUCUUGAAGGGGCAUCUCAGGCCUGGAAGCGCUGAGAGAAUCCAAUGACAGAGAUCAGUGCUGCUAGAUUGCCGUAUCUGCGCUACACAACCAUGUGAUGAUUAAAAGGAAACUGCACUUCGACUUGAACAGUGCCAUUAUGUAUGACCUCGGCAAAAUCGGAAAUCAACUGUAUCAUCUAUCUAGGUAGUCAGUGUGAUCGCUUCGAAUUCAAUACGAGUUGUCGGAGAGUGGAUAAAAGGGAGGCGUGGCAGAUACUGCAGUGUGAAGACAAUCUGAAACGACUCGAGGUUUCUAUAAACACAUUUAUAUGUAUAUAAAUCAAGCCUGUAGAUGCACAACGCCUCGCCUCCUGCCUGCUUUGCCAGGAAAGAAGAGAAAAAGAAUGCACUGAAAUGCCGAACAGUCAUCAUGAAACAAACAUCCAGAGAGAAGCAAAGACAUUGACAUCUCACAGCGCAACCCCGCCAUCCCACCAGUGCUGCCCAGCGUGGAGCCGAGGCAGCUCAUCCCAGGUCCACCUAAGCCAGUGGUCCCCGGGCUCCCCAAGCCCGAGGGCGCGGAACAGCGACGCGGGGACGGGCUCGAGCAGCCAUAUGCCCGAGCGCGCGAUGUCGUCGAGCAUCCAGUACUGCGUGCUGCCGAGCCAGAGGGACACAAACACAAAGUUGCCCGCCCUCGUCGCCCAGGUGGGGAGUCUGGGCGUGAUGCCGGCCCGGCGCAUGGCCCCGCACGCCGCCGACUGCAGCAGGAUGCCUACCCACGACAGCAUGAAGAAGACGGGCGGGGCCCAGGGCCUGGACGGCGGGAGGCAGCUCGCGGACCCCAGGGCGUGGAGGAAGCCCGACUGCGCGAAGGCGAAGAGGCCCGCCAGCGUCUUGCUCACCUGGCGGCGGCGCCCGUCGCCGGCAGGGGAGGCCAUCCACGCGGCCGGGGCGCCAAACGCGACGCGGAAGGUCUGGUGCCACCAGGCGCCCCAGUAGCCGGCGAGCCCCCUGUCGAGGACGUUGUGCGUGAAGCCGCCCAUCAGGGUCGGGUAGUGCCAGAGCUCCGCCCGGGUGCCGAGGAGCGGGCGGAGGGCAAAGGCGCAGAUGAGCUGCCAGAGCUUCAUGACCAUGGAGAUGGCGGCGAGGACGCCGGAGAAGGAGACCAGGCAGCGGUAGGUGAAGAGGAGCCAGGGGGGCAGGGCGGCGAGGAGGCCGGGCAAGGGGACGGGGACGGGGACGGCCGAGCGCGUGUACUCGGGCCCCAGGAUGAAGUAGGGGUCCUUCAUCAUCAGGACGCUGAGGGCGUCGAGGGCCAGGUAGCCGAUGGCGAAGCUGCCCACCUCGGCGCGGAGCCAGGCCCGCCGCGUGGUGUAGCGGCGGUAGCCAUGGGGCGUGGACUCGGGGAUGGAUGCCAGGUCGACGGGCGAGCCGGACUGGGGUCGCUCUGGCUUGGAGAAGUGCGGUGCCACGGGGAUGAACCAGUUCCAGCCGGUGCCGCGGAACGAGGUGACGAGGUCGAAGGACCAGUCGAGCCUGGUCAGCCACGGGUCCUGCUCUGGGUACGACUGCCAGUAGUAUUCAUACCCCUCGGCAAGGCUCCUUGCCACGUCCUCAUCGGGCACAUGGUCGGCUAUGGUGUGUCCGGCGUGCAGCGACUCUUGGGUCUGCGCUGGUGGUGCCUUUGAGUUGCCAUUUACGCCGGUAACGACGUGCCCGUUGCUGCUGUUCUGCACCGGCCGCACGUUGUCGUCAGCGCCUGAAGCCCGGGCAUCUCCGUUUGAGGACCCAUUUACUCGUGCCGCGUGGCCGUUGGCAGACGGCCUUGCUCUGCGUUUCUCAACCCUCUCGGCGUCGAACUGCGGCUUCAUAAAUACAAGCAAGGUCAUGUUCCAGAUGAUGCCCCAGGCCUGCAUGAGACCAACAGCAUAGCCCAUGGCGAAGUUAGGGCUGGUGGUGACGAAGGACUCGCGGGCAUUGUACAGGACUAUGAACAACAUGAGCAGGUAGCGAGCCCUGAACAGCCAUGGCCGGUUCCGGUGGGGUAUGGUGAAGUACAGGAUGGGGAGGCCGAAGGUCACGAGGACAGACUGGGGGAUGAUCAAGGGCUUGACGGUCCCCAGGGCGAACUCGUGGGCAAAGUGACGGCGGUAGAGCACGCGGGCGUACUCACCGAGGUUGGCGGGCAGCGGGUCGGGCAACUCCAGGGGCAUUGUAAGUCGGAGGGAGCGCCCUGACGUGAACAGCAGCCUGUCGGCGGCCGGCCACAUGGUUGCAGUGUUGACAGCCUUGCCGAUAUGUUUAUAUAGUAUCUUGGCACCACUCUGGAGAGGAACGAGCCUCGGCACGCAGGGUGGGGCUGGCAGCCCGACAAGAUGAGUUGUGGUGUGGUGUGGUCCUGGGCCGGUGGUGUUUCGGUGGUGUUUGCUUGUGGUGGACUGGGCUGAACGUGAGCCGAGGCGACUGUGUGGUGUGGCGUGGGCGAUGGCGUGUGCUGGCUGACUGCCUGCCUGACAUGGGAUGGAUGGAUAUUACUUGGCCAGGCGCUGAAUGAAGUACCUAGGUAGCUAGCAGUUGUCGCCAGGCCGCUGCAGCAUCGUGCUCCUCUUGUCUACCUGGUUGCGUGCGAGCAUGAAUAUGAGUGUGGUGAGAGAACCAACGACGGAAACAGAAAAC